AUGGAUAGAAAGUCUGCUAGAAUAAAAGCAGAGUUACAAAGAUAUGGUUGGAGAGUUUCGAAGAAUUUUAAAUAUAGGAAGGGAAGACCCAUAAAAGUCUAUGACAAAUUGUCUGGUCUUCGCUACGAAAUGGAUUUGGAAACAGCACGUGCAAAUUAUCCAAACAGACUAGAGAGGUUAGAAGAAGAACGUCUUAUGGACAUGCCUUUCGAUGUUAGUGAACCUCAAGUUGAAGGACACGACGGCUUUGCCAGAUUCUACUGGAAACAUGACGAACAAUUGCAUCCUUUGAGAAGGAAAAAAGGUAGUGCAGAGGAUGGUCAUGCUCCCAUGGAAAGAACAAGAUAUGCAUAUGAGAAGUACCGUGAAGUUAGAAGUCAAAUUACAUCUGGUCGAACCUUUACAGUAAACUUUGACGAAGGAAAGAACAAAGAAGGCUUCAUGGGUGUACUUGCUGCAAUUCAAGAUGGAAAUAAGAAAGGAUACAAUCUCAGAUUGACCAUAACAGAUUUGGAUGGUCACAUUUACUAUGCACAUGGCAAUGUCACAACAGCUGCAAUGCUUCUUGACGCUUUCAAGACUACAAAGAGAGAACAAAUGGUUGACUCCGACUCAGACAUUUUGAAUGCAAUUGAAGGAAUUGCAAGUGUCAAGUUCGAAUGGUACCAACCUAACCCUCAAGCAGUCAGACAACAUGCUGGAUACUUCCCCUUCAUAAAUAAGUCUGACAUUGACUUGACAAGGUAUGGAAUUUACAAUUCAAUUGAAACAAUUGUCAAUGAACCUUGCAUUCUUACAUGUCUCAGGAACUCUGGUCUUGUUACAGAUGAGAAGAUGAAGUAUCUUGAGUCAUGUGUGAAGACAAGGUACAUUCUCAGAGGUCAAUUGGCAAAAAUUGCACCGUUGGCAAAUGUCAAUAUCCGAGUCAGCAUACCUACAGCUAAAGGUUCUUCACAUGACGACUAUGUUGUUGA